AUGUCGUUCUCUACCACCAGUGGUGCCUUCGAACGGCCACCUUCUAGUUUUGACACGCAACCAAAUGUCCUGUCGUUUGAAUCCCAGGUUAAGGCGUCACCUUUUGUCAAUGAUCUUCUCGAUCGCUUGCUCCGUUGCGAGUACUCGACUAAGGAGAUACAGCGCGAACUUGGAGACGUGACGCGUAAAGUUAACUUCCUCGUUGAGAGGGCCUUGGCGGAUGCAACUCCCAAUGAUCCCGGUAUGCCGAGCAGGAAUGGCUCCAUUGCGAACUUCAGUCAGUCGCGGCUGCCGGGUGGCAAUGCCCUGCACAAUCAAGAUGAGAUUCGCGUCCUUCAGCAGCGAAUCAACACCCUGACGACGUCUGUGAGCCAGCUGUUGGCGUUGCAAACGCAACAACAUAUGAAUAAUGUCACCGCCAUUCAUGCAAACGGUAAUAUUGGUACUCAGAACCCUAAUAAUAAUGUCGAGCAGCAUAGCUUGAGUUUUGCUAACGUUCUGAGUCCGUCCAAUGCUCAAAAUGUCGGGCCAGUGCAAGGCGUUGGACUUGCGUCCCACCAAGUCCAUGCAUUGCCAAGCCGUCCCGAGGUUGGGAUGGUUACUCAUCGCAAUCGGGCGCCUCCCUCACGGCAGUGGUCUGCUACCAGCUCAGACUUGAUGCAAAGGAGUGCCAGCGAUGCUGGCCUUCCCGGUUUUGGGCAGUUAAUAAAGGACAAGCGCAAAGCGUCUCUGGGAGUGGUGCGAAGGGAUUCAACUUCAACAAUUGAUAGCGACAAUGCAUCUGGUGGACGCGAUACCGGUCCUGCUAUUACGAAAUGGGAGCAGUUGCCUUUAUUCCCUGAUUUGCUGCGUUCCAUUGCAAAGUAUGGUGUUGGUCCACCAAAUAAGAUCCAGCAACGGGCCCUUCCCUUCCUUCUUCGCGGUUCGGAUAUUAUCGCUCAAGCCCCUCCAACUCAGGAGCGCAUCGCUGCGUACGUGAUUCCGGCGAUCCACGUGGCUUUGACAAGCAUCGCCAACAAACCGUUCAACCGCGGACCUCUCGUGGUUAUCAUUUCCACUACUGUUGAUCAAGCCACUCAAGCUCAAAGGAUGGUUCGAGACCUCGGUGGUCCCAUUGGCGUUCGCUCCGCUCUUGGUGUUGGUACUGGCGGAGACGUCGUGCAAGAGCUUCGCCUGUUGCAACAGAGCAUGCCGCACAUCCUGUGUGGGACGCCGCAGAAGCUUCAUGCGCUAUUCACAUCCCCUGGUGGUCUUCCUGGCCAAGAGGUUCGCUUCUUAGUGCUCGAUGAGGUCGACCAACUCAUUGCGCGCAACCUACAUGAAUUCGUUUUUAACAUUGUUAAACUCUUCCCUUCGCCUCGCCCUAGAGUGGCUGCGGUAGCUGGGAGUGUGGCACCCGUUGCGAACGCAUUACCCAACUCUCACACCACUUUCAGCCCUUUUGAUCAAGUCUCGAACAAUGAAGGAGCCCGUUCCUCAUCCCCUGCGGGCCCCGGCGCAGUCCGGUUCUCUUCAACCCUCUCCAUCAUUGGUAAUCCUGAGGCUGGAAGCAACAGCGGUGGCGAGAAACCAGGAACUCGCACUUCGAACCUGCCUCUGAUUGCGCCUGCUUCUCCUGAGCGACAGACCGCUCUUUUCUCAAACACCGUUCCGCAGGAUGUCCUCAGCCUUGCGAAUAACAUCCAACUCCGAGAACCAGUGCGCGUGCUUGUUCGGCGAGAUGGGAAUGCUGCGCAUGGAGACGGAGCUCAAGGUCCACGUGCAUUACGCCAAUUCUACCUUUACCUGGCUUUCACUUCCGGUGGGCGCCUCGACUCCAGCAAUGGAAACCAUGCUGCUGGUGUCAUUGGCUCGGGCCGUGGCGUUUCUAACGCAGAGACGGUUCAAGCAAAGGAAUGGAAGCUCGAUGCGUUAGCCGAUCUCUUCGAUGACAUCGAUCCACCUUACGCAAUUGUUCAUGUUGGAAGUGGCGCGUCUCUUGAUAGUGUCAUGUAUAAACUUGGAAGCCGCGGUUUAGACACUGUUGCAUUUCACAACGACAUGAACUCAGGAACAAAAUCUGCGGCCCUCAGUAAAUUCCGCCAUAAUGAUGAUAUUCAAGACAGGAUUGGACGGCCUCUUGUCACCCGAGUCCUCGUGGUUUUCGACGCCCCAGUUAAAUUGCCAGAUUCUUUCCAUGUCCCAUUAGUCGUCAACUACGAUCUCCCAAAAGCUGUUGAGGAGUACGCUCACUGUGUUGCUCCUGCUUCAACUUCAAACCAGCAACGCCCUGGCGUGGUCGUUAACUUUGUUACUGCUACUGGUGGCGACGUGGAGAUGUUGCGGUCGAUUGAGUGUUUCUACAAAAUAAAAUGCCCCGAAGUCCCUCCUAGCCUGCGUGACCUUUUCUGA